AUGCCUGUACGUUCGAGGACGCCCAGUUGUCCAUCCAUCACUCCUGUUUCUUCUCGACCUGGUACACCUCCGUGUACUGUCCCUAGUAGUCCGUUGAGCCUUACUCCAUCGGGAAUUUUCGUGAACACAUCAACCACAGGUAUCCCGAUGAAGUCAAGUAGCAUUCCGAUGCGCAGUAAUUCAAGGCCAACGACACCAAUACCCUCUUCUCCGUUAUGUUCUCCUGUUCAAGUUGGCACACUGUCGCCGACAAUUGAGAGCGCAGAACUUCCGCCACUUAGGAGCAUUGCUAUUCCUAUUCGUAAAGCAACAUCAAAUAGCACAGGCUAUUCUUCAAUACCGGGUACACCGAUAUCAUCUUCACCGCUAGCAUCAUGCUCUUCUUUGGCCUCUUCACCGAUGUAUCAUGGUCAUUUGUCAAGUUCUCCCCCGAACGGUCAUGGUUACGUGCAUACGGGUACAUCUGAUCAUGCACCAUAUAAACAUACACAUACGGGCAUUCCUCUCAGGUCUCGGGCGUCUAGUUACAGUCUAAGCAGCAUUUCCAGACCAUCUAGUCCAUUCAGAGCAGCUACGAUGCAUUCACUCUUCCACACAGAAAAGAUAACAUCUGUACAGAACUGA